GACGCAAGAACUGCGUCAUGACGUCACUGUCGUACGUCUCUGUAGAGGAAUGUGCGGAAACUUCUUCGUUUCCACUUUUCUCUUCGCGUAGUUCGUCGAAGAAAAGAAAUCACAACGCAUAAGAAACUGCAUAAAACUCCAGUAAAGUUCGGUUCCGAAGCGACGGGUUUUGUCCUUGUGGCGGUGAGGAGUUCAUCUCAAGAUGGCAGCUCAGACAGGGUAUUCAGCCGAGAUGUUCCCCGUUGGGGUUUCUUUGAUGGAGGAGGGUCAGAACCACACACUAUCCGCCCCUCAGCUUGUCAUGCUGGCCAACGUGGCGGCAGUGACAUCAGCAGAGGGUGGGUGUGGCGAGGGUAGUAUGGCAGAUGAGAAGGAGAUGAUGGAGCUGAAGACAGUGGGUAGCAGCUACUCGGACAGUGAGGAUGAGAAUAUCAUCAGGUACAGCUAUGACAACCAGAACCACAGGGAGGUCUGUAUCAUUGAAUACCCAGAGUCUCCUGGUCUAGGUGUCAACGCUGUAGCUGGCGGUAAUAAUGAUAAUGAGGAGGUGGUGAAAAAUGUGGACAAAGCUGAAGACUUGUCUCGACGCUCCCGCCUUCGCCCCUCAACAAGCACCAAAACACCUGAACAUGCAGUUAGAGGUAACGAGAGUCCAGCUGCUGCCCCGGAGAACACGAAGAAGAAGAAACCAUUCCACUGUAAACCAUGUCACUUCCAGGCCCAGAAUGAACAGGAGUUUGUUGAACACCUCAGCACCCACAGCAUCAGCAAGAUGAUGGUGGUUAACCGGGUAGAGGGGCACAGCAAGACCAGGACCAAGGAGUCCGAAACAUCUGAGAUUCCUUCAGGUGGGGAGGGGGAGGCCAGUGAGGAUGCAGUGGCAGCAGGAGACGUCAAAGGGCUGAUCAGAUGUGAACGCUGUGGAUAUAACACAAACAGAUAUGACCAUUACAUCGCCCACCUAAAACACCAUAGCAAGGAGGGAGAGGACCACAGGGUGUUUAAGUGCACUCUGUGUCCUUACACUACUGUCAGUCAGUACCACUGGAGGAAACACCUGAGGAACCACUUUCCCAGCAAACUGCACACCUGUAGCCAGUGUUCCUACUUUUCUGACCGCAAGAGCAACUACAUCCAACACAUCCGGACCCACACAGGUGUUCGUCCAUUCCAGUGUCCGUACUGCGACUAUUCCAGUUCACAGAAAACUCACCUAACCCGACACAUGAGGACUCACUCAGGUGAGCGUCCCUUCAAGUGUGAGAGCUGUAACUACCUGGCAGCCAACCAGCAUGAAGUCACUCGUCACGCUCGCCAGGUCCACAAUGGCCCCAAACCUCUUUCCUGCCCCUACUGCGAAUACAAGACUGCGGACCGCAGCAACUUCAAGAAGCAUGUUGAACUGCACCUCAACCCUCGACAGUUCCUCUGUCCACUCUGCAAAUAUGCAGCCUCCAAGAAAUGCAAUCUGCAGUAUCACAUUAAAUCCAGGCAUUCUGGUUGCAACGUUCCCGUCGAUGUCUCUAAAGUCAAACUGCGCAUCAAGAAACCGGGGCCUGAAGGAGCAGAAGACAACUCUGAAUCUAAAGCAACUAAGUUUGACAAUUCAGCCACCAUAGAAGACAAGUUUGACAUAGACAACGGCAGUGACCACGAAGACAGGGACUUCAGCCCUAUCAACCUCUCUAUCAGAAAGAACAGGCCCAGCAUCACCCAGGCUGUACAGAGUGACACACCAGACCAGGCUCAGAGGAAGUUUAACCCUUCAAAGACGAAGGAGAAGGUGGAGCCAGAGAAAAAAGUUAUAACAAGACAGAAGAAGAUGAAUAAAGUGAACCAGAGCUCCACAGAGAACACAUCUGGUAAAGAAAUGCAAACAUCUUCUGUAAAUACAGACAACAAGGGAAAAAGACGAGUAAAGAAGCUGACAAGACAGAAAAUGAACCAGGACCAAGCAGGAGGGGCACAGUCCCAGAAAGACACACUUAAGAUCAGGAAAUGUGACCCACAAGGACCAGUGGUGGAGGUAGUGGUGAGACAGGAAGCCAGAGAUGGGGAUGUAAUGCCUAGGCCUGAAAAGGAGAAAGAACAGCGGAAGGAGACAAGCGGAAAAGAAGACAAAAGCUUCAACAAGCCCAGAAGGUCUGAAUCCAAAAAGUCCCAGAAAAAUAAAGACAGCAAAGAUGUGCAGCAGAAAGACAGGCCAAGGAAAAGCCAGAAGGAAAAGAGUGUGAAAAGGAAAGUGGUGGAGGUACUAGACCUUUCCACCAAUCCCACAUCUAAAGCAAAGAGGCUGAAAGCCACAACAGCCGAGAAGCUAAAACCUGGUCCUCAAAACACAAAUGACAUGAAAGAGGCAGCUCUGGAGAAAUCUGAUGUAACAGCACCUGUGCACCAAAAGAAGACCAGGAACUCCAGCAAGAGAGGGCUUUUGGAGAAGACCCCUGUCAGCUGCCCAUCCCCAGAGGCCCAGCUGGACCAGACUAAAAGCCCAGCACGUGAAAUGGGUCCAACCGCACCACCAAGCGUGGAGAUCCCAUCCACCUGCAGCUCAGGUGGAGCCACACCCUCUGCAGGUGACGUCCCCCCAGCUCCCGUAUUCCUGAAACCCACUUCACCGCCUGCUCUGACAUUUUCGAGUCAACAAACCAAACCCACUGACCCAGAGGAUGACGAGGGCAUUCACAGCAGCCACGAGGGGGGAAGUGACAUCAGCGACAGCGCCUCAGAGGGCAGUGAUGACUCCGGCCUCCACAGCAGGUCCAACAAGAUGGCCAACGACCCUGAAACACCCACGGACGAGAUCCCGACACCGACAGAGCUCAAGAGUCACAUGUGCAUAUUCUGUGACCGGACCUUUCCGUUGGAGGUGCAGUACCGCCGGCAUCUGAACCGCCACCUCGUCAACGUCUACUACAUGGAAGGCAGCACUGCAGGACAGAAGUGAGGAGCUCCUGAUAGACGAUUCUAUCAACUGCCCCAGCAGCAACCAGCAAGUCUCAAUAGGCUGAAGUGGAGUCAUUUGCUUUUUCUGCAGUAUGAACUCGCUCUUCAACAAACGUCCUAUUUCGAUCAGUUUAUAGAAUCACACCAGAGCAGAAAUGCUUCAGAACCAAUAUGCCAAAGUCAGCUUAGAUCCGGAGGUGGGUGCCGAGCACCAUUUUCCAAGCGUCUUCGUGUUCCUCGAUGUCUGCAGCAGGUGGCUCUUCAAACACAAUCACUUUGGAACUCAACCUUAUUAAAUGACCAGCUGUGAUUUUUUUUUUAUAAGAGUACUUCAUGUGAUGAGAGCAACUCCAGUGAGUUUGUGUCAGGAUCUGUGUAGAAAUCACUUGGAAUGUUUAUUAACCUGCAAAAAGAAACAUCAGGAUGAAGAGACAAUCGGUGUUUGGUUGGUUGGACCGAACCGGCACCUUGGGUUUGAGUAUUACUAUACAGUUCAAUACAGAACAGUUUGUCUUCAUGUAACUAUUUCUGUGCAAUAUUCCUUUAGUCAAAACGCCAAAGUGAGUUUCAUCAACGGUCAUUAAGUGAGGAGCAUAUUGAGCAUAAAAUGUUUUCCUGUUGCUUUUUUCACAUUAAAAAAAGGUUUCUGACAAGGACCAUGAAAUUACUCUGAACAGGAACACGAGUCUCAAGGUGCUAUAGAGACACUCACUGAAUCUCUGUUUAGUCAGAGUUUAACGCUUCAUCCUUUCACUAACCAGCACAGACGUUGUGUAGUCAUGGUUUGUUUAAUCUCACUCAAAUAAAGAUUCUCCAAGUUG